AUGACUGGCCAGCCGGCGUCUACUCUGUACGACUACGCCGACAGCGUCUCCCUCGACGCGCAGUUCUACCUCGUCGACACAAUUUCCGGGACCGCUCUCGACCAGACCACGAUCAUCGCCCUGUGCGAGAGCGCGGCGGCAUCGGCGACGUGCGCCACUGGCGACAGGGCCACCACCUCCGAGCUCAAGCUGCUGCAGCUGCUCGACCGCACCGACACGAUCCGCGGGGACCCUCUCCUUGACGCCUCCGAAAUCCAGGAUGCUGGCGCGGGAAGUGGCGUCACCGUCUCGCACGCCAACAAGGUGGAGAUCGUUGCCCGUUCCGUCGCCAUCUUGGAGGAGGGCCAGACGCUUGAUGAGCUGGCCGCCAACGUGACCGCGGAGAACGAGCUAAAGAUCACACAGCUCCGUGAAAAUACCAACCUCCAAGGCAACUUGGCCUUUACCAGCCUCGGCUUCUGCGCUGACGACAACGGCAGCAAGUGCAAGGAGCUUGGCCGCGAAUUUCGCAAGGGUGACUACGGCGUCGCGCGGCUUGCGUGCCGACAGCUCUGCGAGCGGACACCUGGCUGCCAAGCCGCCGAGCUUCUUCGCCUCCACAAGACGUAUUCGCUCUGCAAGGUGUGCGGCUCGGCCGCCACGCGCACGAACAAGGCGCCGGCGAACAACGUCGAGUGUCUCACUUACAACAACGGGGACUGA